AUGACGGUGGAUGAAAGGAUGGAUCCCGUCCCGAAGGAUUCUGCCCCGAGGGAUCAGUUUCCUGUGGGCAUGAGGGUUCUUGCGGUCGACGAUGACCCCACAUGUCUCAGGCUUCUGGAUAGUCUGCUCCGCCGUUGCCAAUAUCAUGGUUUCGUUCUUGCCCAGUUGCUUCCUCUCUUUCUUUGCCUAGGAUAUUCCUUCUUUUCGCGUUGUUCCUCCGUUGUCUAUUUCGACUCACGGGAACGACUGUUUUCUUCUGUUUUUUUCUGAGAUUCAUCCGUGUUUGCCUCUUCUGACAUGUGUUUUAUCUUAAUGCGUUUUCUAGUCACCACGACCAACCAGGCGAUCACGGCCCUGAAGCUCUUGAGGGAGAACAAGGACAAAUUUGAUCUGGUUAUCAGCGAUGUUCACAUGCCAGACAUGGACGGAUUCAAGCUCUUGGAGCUCGUGGGCCUCGAAAUGGACUUGCCUGUCAUUAGUAAGCCUUCCAAUCUUCUGGUCGUCUCCACCUGAUUGUAACCAAAACAGCUCGGUUAUACUGCGGAUAUAAUUUCUUGCUUAGCAUCUUCUUUCAGCGUGAAUAUUUUUCGAGGAACCGUUCGUCAUCUCAGAAGUGUUUCCAUUGAGAUCGUUUUGCUCAAUGAAUCGUAUUUUCUGAUCUGAUUUCAGUGCUGUCGGCUAAUAGCGACACCAAAGCGGUCAUGAAGGGGAUCGCCCACGGGGCCUGCGACUACCUUCUGAAACCUGUUCGAAUCGAAGAGCUCAGAAACAUAUGGCAGCAUGUGAUCAGGAGGAAGAAAUUCGAUAGGAAGGACCUCUGUGAUCGUGAUAAUGGGGAUGCCCGUGAGAAGCCCAAUCAUGUGGGCUCUGAUGGCCGGCAGGGCCCUGGAAGUGAAGCCUCUGAUAGCAACGGUAGGUUCAACAGGAAGAGGAAGGACCAAAAUGAAGAAGAUGAUGAUUCGGAAGAUAACGGGAAUGAUAACGAUGAUCCUUCCUCUCAGAAAAAGCCACGUGUUGUUUGGUCUGUCGACCUCCAUCGCAAAUUUGUCGCCGCAGUUAACGAAUUGGGCAUCGAUAGUAAGUUUUCCCACUAAGUUAUUAGCCUUUUUAAUCAUAUAAACCCUUUCUUUUAUGGCUGUCUUUAGCUGGCAGUUGACCCUCGACAUGAUUCCUCAGUUAAUCUCAUCUCAUCUUGCAGAGGCUGUGCCCAAGAGAAUUCUCGAACUCAUGAAUGUUGAAAGGCUCACCAGAGAAAAUGUCGCGAGCCACCUUCAGGCACGGUUAUCAUUCCCUCAGUAUAAUUUAAUUAUGUACAGUUAAUUUUUUUUUAACCAAUCAUCUUUUUUAUCUUGCUUUUUUAUUUUUAUUUUAUAUUUCCCAUAUGGGUUGUCCGAUUUUUGUGAUUUUGGGUCAAUUAAAUUGAAAUUUGACGAAUCUCUAGUCUCCAAAUUUAAUAAAGUUGGUUACUUGAGCAAGUAUGUGAGUUAUAUUAUAUAUAACUGCUGUAAAAUACUACUAUAAAAAUGAGUUGUAACAAGUUUAUAAUUAUAACUAUAAUAUGUUUAUAAGUUCUAUUCAUAGUUAUAUGUUUAUAUAUUUUUUUGUACAUUUAGAUAAUUUGUAAUGCUAUAAUCCACUGUUUACUUAUCAGAUUGAGCCUGCUAUAUUUUGCAGAAGUUUAGACUCUAUCUGAAGAGGAUCCAUGCAGUGACGAGCCAACAGUCCAAUAUUUUUGCUGCCUUAGGCGGCAAAGAAUCCUAUGUAGCGAUGAGCCCGAUCGACGGCAUGGGGAGCUUCAAUGCGGCAGCAAGACCGAGGCAACUGCCGACGCUCACAUCGUUCCAGUCAAGUGGAUCAGCUGGUAGAUUGAACAGCCUAUCUGGCAUUGGCCUGCACGGGCUUUCCUCUUCUGGAAUGAUUCAGCUCGGGCACAGCAAUUCCAUCCAGGACGUUGGAAAGAUCCCACGGACGAAUCUCCCUGGGGGGAUCCAUCAGGGAAGCUUAUUGAACAGGAUGCCCACAGCAGUGGAGGUCAACCAGUUUCAACAGCUCAAGGCAGCUAACGAGGCUAGCAACCAGCUGCUCGGGGGUUAUGCCGAAUCUACCUCGCUCGGUGGCUCUAGCAGCCUGUUCCUUAACCCCACAAGUGGCAAUAUUAUCCUACAACAACAGCAGCCGGGUGAGGCGGGUCUCCGGCCGCCUCUCAGAACAGCGGCAUUGCAACCCAACCCUUUUCCGCAAUUGCCAGAUUUGGGCAGAUGCAGCGAUGUCUGGCACGAUACCGCUGCGCUAUCGGUCUACUCUGCUUGUGAUUUGCCACCGGGUGGUCCUCUUGGGAACAGAAAUUUAUCUUCUGUGCGGAGCUUCAAGGGAGGCAGUUCUCCUAUGGCUUCACCAGGUGACGGCACCCAGCUUGAUGCUUCUCACUGCAGUGUGGCGCCCGACCGCUUUGCUAUGAACCUUACUGACCCAGAUGGGGGGAGCCCUUUUCUCCUGCCGACGGGUGCCGAUGAGCCGCGGGGGGUUUCCAGUUUUGGAUAUGGAGGCAGUUGUGCCCAGCAGAGUUUGGAGGACCUGGGGCAAGGUCAACACGAGCCCACCCUUAGAUUGGAUCCCUCCCUCAGCAGCACCCUGGCGAACCAUGACAGUCUCAGCGACAGAUUCUACGGAAAAAGAGUUGACUUUGGGGUGAUCGAUCAGCCGAUUCUCAACAUGCCUUUCCUCAGCGAUGAUCAGAAGCCGGCUGGCCAGUUUCCGGUGAGGCCCAAGGACGAUUCCCCCGGGGGCCCUUCCAGGUUGCAGCCACUAGGAGUCGACCCCAACCCCAGCUCCUACGACGAUCUGGUCAAUGCUAUGAUAAAGAUGGUAAUUUGGCCCCCCUCCUCUUCGCUGUAUACUUUCUUUUUAUGGUAGUAGCCCUCCUCUGUGUUAAUAUCAUUCUUCAAUGCAGGAAUCGGAGGAUAUCAUCCUGAUGGAUGGUGAUCUGAGCUGUGAUAUUUACUCCCUGGAGACUUGCAUGUGA